GCUUGCUUUUACGAUUCCAUUACCUACUGUUGAGAUUUCACUAUGCCUCUACCAACAAGCAAGAAAAAGGCAGGCCUAGGAAAGGCGCUUAUGCGCACUCGCUUCAAUGCAAAUACCAAAAUGAAUCCGGAUGGGUCUAUUAGGCACACCACAGAAGUGGACGAGUCUACUUCCAACUGGACGAAAAUGCAAUCCAUCACCCAAGAGAACGACCUUGAGGCCUUCCUCAAUACUGCCCAGCUCGCCGGCACAGAAUUCACAGCGGAGAAACUCAACAUCACGGUUGUAUCCAACGUCUAUCAAAACCCUUUCCUCCUCACUCCCGAAAAGGAAAAAGAAACUCUUCAACAGCACCAGGAGCAUAAACACUUGUUGACCGUUCCGAGACGACCAGAGUGGGACACAACGACGACACCUGAGGAACUCAAGCGACGAGAAAAUGAUUCGUUUCUGGAUUGGAGGCGAGGACUGGCAACAUUGGAGGAAGAAAAGGGCCUGAUCAUGACUCCUUACGAAAGAAACUUGGAAGUUUGGAGACAAUUGUGGAGAGUGAUUGAGCGAUCCGAUUUGGUGGUGCAGAUUGUGGAUUCCCGAAAUCCACUGCUGUUUCGUUCGACCGAUGUGGAACGAUACGUCAAGGAAGUGGACCCCCGAAAAAAGAAUUUGUUGCUGGUGAAUAAGGCGGAUAUGUUGACGGUCGAGCAGAGACUGCAGUGGGCGGAUUACUUUGAGCGUGAGGGUAUUCGGUACAUGUUCUUUUCUGCUGCUUUGGCAAAAGAGAAACUAGAGGCCGAAGAAGAAGAGCGUAAAGCAGAAGAGGCCUUGGCGCAGCUGCAAGUGGAUCGGGAGGAUGACGAGGACGAUGAGGAGGAGGACGACAUUGAGGACGGAAGUGUACCUGAUGUCGAUCAACCCCGGAAAGAAUCGGAACGACGACCCUCCUUUACAGGAUUGAUACAGGUCGAUGAGGAAGCCGAAGUUCCAGAGCGUGCGCGGAUUAUUGGUGCCGAUGAACUCAUCGAGCUCUUUGAAACGGAAUGUCCCGAGCCGCUCCGCAAGGUGGAAUCUGGUGGACAAAAAACCACCAUUGGUUUUGUUGGUUAUCCCAACGUCGGAAAGUCCUCUACCCUGAACGCCUUAGUGGGCGCCAAACGUGUCACUGUCUCCUCCACACCUGGCAAGACCAAGCAUUUUCAGACAAUUCAUCUUUCUGAAAGCAUGAUCCUCUGUGAUUGUCCCGGUCUUGUAUUCCCCUCGUUUGCAACCACCAAAGCCGAUCUAGUGGUCAACGGCAUUCUGCCCAUUGACCAACUCCGUGAAUUCACAGGCCCCAGCUCACUGGUUGCACAACGCGUCCCCAAAUGGGUCCUUGAAAACGUCUACGGAAUCAAAAUUCGCACACGCAAUGCAGAAGGCGUCGAUGAAGAUCGACAGCCAACAGGAACGGAGCUUCUUGUUGCUUACGCCGUAGCAAGAGGUUUUACAAAAAGCAGUCAAGGAAAUCCCGACGAAGCCCGUGCAGCCCGUUACAUUCUCAAAGAUUAUGUCAACGGAAAAAUCCUCUACGCCCACCCACCACCCAACAUCAACCCCGACACCUUCAAUGCACCCAUGUACAAAAACAAGCGCUUUGCAAAGCGCAAACCCGAAUCCACACCACCAUCUGACGCCAAGGGCAAGUCACCAGCAACCUCACUUAGCACUCCAAACUCUUCACUACUGGACGCUGCUUUUUUUGCACCCCAAAAACAAACCGUACGAGCAGGUUCAAUGGGAAAAUACGCUUCCGCCGAUUUCAAUCGGGUCAAGGUGUACCCUCAUCAAGGAGCCGAACCCCAAGUCAUGGGUAAAGCGAAAAAAAUGCAUGAUAAAAAGAAUAAGAGGAGAGGGAAGCAGAGGACGGAUUGGACUGCUAUAGAGUGAAAUUGUGUCGUGUUUAUGUGAAUUACUGGCGUUGAUAGGUAAUAGAUUUGUUUGGUUGGGAUAUAGUUGUCUUUUGAAAUCCUUUGUGAGCUUGUGAC